GGACAGUCGCCAUUUUAGAUCGACGAUGGCCACGCAUGAAACGAAGAGAAUUACAGACUUGCGUGUAGUUGAUUUGAGGUCACAAUUAGAAAAGCGAGAUUUGGAUAAAACAGGAGUAAAAGCUGUACUUGUUGAAAGAUUGCAAAAGGCAUUAGAAGAAGAAGGCCAUGACCCAUCUACAAUUGAAUUGGAAGUAACUGACUCACCAGCAGGGAAGAAAACUCCAGCAUCAGCAAGGAAAGCACAAUCAAAAACAAAAUCCGAUGAAGAUAAAGACACUGAAGACAAAGAUACAGAAAAGUUGGAAGAUGAUGCUGAAGAAGAGGAGGCUGAAGAUGUCUCCUUGGAAAUAAUUGAACCUAAAAUAGACACAGUGGAUCUCACAGAAGAGGAUUCAAACUCUGUAGAACCUGCAACUGACAACAAACUUAAUGAAGAGAAUACUCAGGUAGAGAAUGCUCUGAAAGAAAAUGAGACUGAGGUUCCGUCAGAGCAGAAUGAAGUGAAUCAGUCAAAUGAGCAAUCUAACGAGGAACCAAUGGAAACAGAAAGUGAAAUAAAACAAGAAGAGACUAAAGAGGAACCAGCCCAAGCAACCCCUAGUUCUGUUACAACUGAGACUACUGCUAAGCCUGCUGUUAGCGAACAGCAGGAAAACAAACAAGAAACUACUGAACUAACUGAUAGCGAUGUUGACAAACCAACUGCUGUUGCUUCUAGUGAAGGUGAACAAACCACUGCAAAGGUUGAUGAUUCUUCAAAGACAGCUAGUGAACCUAUGGAAACAACGGAAGUGAAAGCAGACUCUGCCGUGGAAUCUCCAGAAAAAGCUAAAAUAAUUUCAGAGACUUCACCAACAAAAGGUGAUGAUGCUGCUACAGCAAAGGCAGACAUUUCUGUAGUAGGAACAUUAGCUGGGGAGGGCAAUAAGGGGGCAGAUGAUAAACCAGAAAAAGAUAAAGGUGGUGAUGAUAAGGCCGAGGGACAACAGAAACCUGAAGGUGAUAGUGAACAACUAGAGGUGCUGGUGGAUGACACACAAAACGAUCUGGAUGCAGAUCUACUAAAUUCUCAGAGUUCAGCCAAAACUGAAGGAACUAGUGAGGCCAAGAGCAAUACUGAUGGUAAAGAUACAGGUCCAGCCACUGGCGAGAAAACCGAAAGUGGUGAUGCUGGGAAAAUGGAUGCUUCCAAAACUGGUGAAGGUGAAACUAAGACAGAAGACAAGAAACCUGAUGAAAAGAGUGCUACCAAGGACACAAAAAAGGAUGAAAGAUCGGGAAGCCGUAAUCUAUGGGUGAGCUCUUUGUCAACCACGACUCGAGCAACUGAUCUCAAGGCACUGUUCAGUAAAUAUGGAAAGGUGGUUGGUGCAAAGGUGGUGACAAAUGCCAGAAAACCCGGCUCACGAUGUUAUGGGUUUGUUACAAUGUCUUCGGCAGAAGAAGCAGCCAAAUGUAUCCAACAGUUACAUAGAACGGAACUCCAUGGCAAAAUGAUCUCAGUAGAAAAGGCGAAAAAUGAGCCAGGAUCUGCAGCAAAAAGUCAGCAAACAAGCAAGAAACCUGAACAGAAGAAGACAGAGCAGAAAAGUACAACACCUGUGAAAAAGGAAGAAGGUAAGACAGACGGGGAUAAGAAAGAUGAAAGUAAAGACAAGAAAGAUGUUGAUAAAAAAGAUGAGAAGAAGGACGAUCGUAAAGACUCUCACUCGCAUCACAGCCCACACUCGCAUCAUGGUCGAGAUCGUCAUGAUCACAGUCGUGACAGGGACCGUGGACAUGGACGCUACAGUAGCAGACACGACUACAGACGUGGCUCUCGCAGGUCACCUCCUCACAGACACAGGGAUAGCCGCGAUCAUAGGAAAUCUACAGAUAAGAAAGUUCAUGACACAGAUGCAAAAGACAAACCACGUACAGUUGUGAUGGAUAAGAGCAAGGGAGAGCCUGUGAUCAGUGUACAAGGAGAUGAUAAAAAAGAAGGAGAAAAACAACCUGAGGAUCAAGCUAAGAAGGAAGUGAAGAUAGAGGGAGAAGAUACCAAAAAGGACACCGAGGAAGUCAAGCCUGCAGAAGGAGCAGCAGCAGGAGCAGCAGCAGCAACACCAGUCGAAGAGAAGAAAGAGGAAUCAAAAGAUGGAAAGGAAGGAACAAAAUCUGAGAGUGGUGAAAAACAUCGCUCAAGAUCUCGUGGAACCUCAUCAAAGAAAGAUGACAAAAAGGAUAUUGUAACCCUUGACAGAAUUAAGGAGGCAAGAGAACGUGAAAGAUUACGUCAGAUUGAGAGACGUAUCAAAGAUCAGGAGAGGCGCAGACAACGUGAAUUAUUACGUGAGAGACAAAGACAACGGGAAGUUCAACAGAAACAGAGAACUGAGGCAAUCAAACUAAGCAGGGAAAGAGAAAGACUAAGGAGGGAAAGAGAAAUGUUAGAAAAAGAGCGUUUGGAAGCACAGAGAUUGGAACGUCUUAGACUGGAACAGAUAGAACGUGAAAGACUGGAGAGAGAAAGGGAAGAAAAGAGACGAUUAGAACAACUCAGAAUACAGGAAGAGCAGCAACGUAGGGCAACUAAGAGAGCUUAUGAUGCACGAGAUAGAGAUGCCUACUGGGACUCUAAGAGACCCGCCCUGGCAGACAGAGCAUAUGGAGAUAGAAUUGACAGAGAUCGUGUUGAUCGUGGUGGCAGAGAUGUUGGAGGUGGUCGGUAUGUUGAAAGAGUAACCCAGCAAGACAACUUGGCAGACAGUCGGAGAGUAGUUGACAGAUUUGAUCGUGGAGAUAGGAGGGGUGUUGACACAAGAGGAGAUAUUGGAGCACGGGGUGGGAGACUUGAUGAUAGGAGGGACAUGAGAGAUAUGGGAGGAAGGAGAGAUGAUAGAAAUACUGCAGCAGUUAAUGAUAGAGGUGGCAGAGAUCAGAGAAGAACUUUUUUGGAAAACAGGAAUAUACCAGCAGGCCGUGACCGUGGUAAUGACAGAGUUGACCGAGCUCCAGCAGCACGAAACGAUAGGGGAAUGGAUCGUACAGCAGACAGGGGUCAAGGCAGAGAUGACAGGAGAGAUGUUGGCGGUUCCAGCUACAGAGAUUCUAAUCAGAGAGAUAUGAGAGACCGUGGCAUAGACAACCGAGGUGGAGAUAGAGCAGGCGGUCGACAGAAUAUCACCUCUAGAGAUAAUAGAUCAGAUUUCAGAUCAGAUAAAGAUCAAAGUUUGAUGGGAUCCAGGGAUCACAGAGAUAACCGUGGGUCGCAGCAAGAUAUACGGGGCUCGGGUGGCUCCCUCUCACAGUCGGGGAGGGGCAGCAACUGGCAGGGCCAGGGCAGGAGUGGGGGCAGCCAGGGCAUUCAGGACCGCGGCAGGGACAGUGGCAGCAAGAGCUUCUCGAGGAAUCAGACAGGAGGGAUAUUGAAAAGUAGUGGUCCACAAGGUGGAGGGGGAAACCAAGGGAGUUGGACAGGGUCACAAAGGACAGACAGUAGUCAAGUGAACAGACAGCCUGACAGAUGGGCUGGCAAUUCUUUAGUACAGCCUGAGGCUCGGCCAAUAGCAUACCAGACUGUUGGUGCUCCACCAGGAAUCCUUGCCAAUGUUCCUACAGGAAUGUACGUAACAACAUCUAUGGCACCAGGUGCGCUCAUGAUGGCUGCUCCAACUCUACAAGGUCAAAAUAGGCAACAAGAUCAAAGAUUUGAUGCAUAUAAAACUUUGGGACCUAACAUUAGAAGAUACUAGUGUUCAUACUCUUUUGUUAAUCUUCAUACUAUAUAUUUGAAACAAAAAGAGUACAACAAAAACCUGUUCUAAUAGUUUGGGAGAUAGUGAAAAAUACAAUUAUUUGUAUUAUUAUAUAUGUUGGUCAUACCAUUUGGGCAAUCAUGUUGUAUUUAACAUAUAUAAUUGUCUUACUCUAUUUCAGAAAAAGAACUAUUGACAAGGUAGUUGUGCAUUUUGUAAAAAUAAUAUUGGGAACAUUUUAAUAAAAGCAUUUUAUUAGCUUAUUGUUUUUAAAAACAGUAAGAUACAGAAAUUUAGAAAAUGAAUUUUUACUUCAUUAUUUUGUCUCAUCAUUGUAAAUGCAUUUUACAUUCAUUGUGUACAUCGUGAUGAACUUUGUUGUUUAAUAAAAUAAUUCCAAUAA